GGGGCGCUGUGAUCCUCCCACCCUAGUGCACCAAGCACUGAGACCGCCACGACGCUGACCUGCGGUGAGGGUGGGAAGAAGGAGCGGAUGGGGGGGGGGUCCCCUCUCUUCCCCCUCGCCGACCCUCGCCCACUCUUGUGUGAAGCCGCUGCCAAGGGUGGAGUCGGGAGAAGGAGCUGAGAACCCCGUUCCCACUGAGCAGGAAGGGGAGGAAGACAGACACCAAGAAAGAGCUCAAUUAGCCUCACACUCCACCAGUCAUCUCUGCCCCAGAGGAGAGGAACUGAAUUCUGGGAGAACUUCUGGCAGAAGAAUGUGGCCCCCGGUGGAAGAUUCCAGGGAGGUUUUAUGGAGGAAGAGAUGGCCGAGCGGAAGGUGGAGGAUAUCAACUUGCUGUCCUGUUGACAGACGAGAUGACAGGGGGCUCGGCCGAAUCAGGAAUCAUUUGCUUCCUGUUCCACAUCAACGACAGAAAAGAAAAGCAAGAGCCCUGGAACCCUGCCCGCUUUCUUAAGCAAGAGCUGGGCCGGGACAGAGGAAAGCAGAGAAGUGGACAGGACCCAGGGGAGGGGAGCAGGGACAAUGAUGGACCAGGAAGAGAAGGUGGACAGGAGCUUGGCCCCCUACGUCAAGGCUGGCUCUCCAGAUCAGGAGGGCUUCUUCAACCUGCUGAGCCACGUGCAGGGUGACCGGAUGGAGGAGCAGCGGUGCUCGCUGCAGGCAGGGCCAGAUCCGACCUCCGAGAGCCAGAGUGGCCCUGCACCUGAGAUGGACAGUCUCAUGGACAUGCUGGCCAGUACCCAGGGCCGCCGUAUGGAUGACCAGCGUGUGACAGUCAGCACCCUGCCUGGCUUCCAGCCCAUAGGCCCCAAGGACGGAGCGCAGAAACGAGCCGGGACGCUCAGCCCCCAACCCCUCCUCACCCCUCAAGACCCGACUGCCCUCAGCUUCCGUCGGAACAGCAGCCCCCAACCCCAGACACAAGCCCCCUGAGGGCCUGAGCCAUCCUGGGCCCUGCAUGGCCCCUGAAAACAGACAAUAAAACACUUCCACAAGAAAUAAGGAACUGUGU